CACCCCAGAGCCCACUAGCUUAGAACCUGUACCCUCUUGUGCACCACAACCCCCUUCCCCACACCAGUGAAAAUGAGCAAGUGAGUGAGGGUGUGGGAGAGCAAGCACAAGUGUAGUGGGGGGGGGGGGACAGAGAGAGAGAGAGCGGGGUGGGGCCUCAGAGAAGGGGUGGGGCAAAGGUGAUGGGUUUUGUGGAGUUAGAAGGAUGGCAACCCUAUAAUCUCACCAGGGUUCUGGGGCCCACUAGCAGGUUUCAGAGGGUCCACCAAGAAGAGCUGGCAUAGACCUGCUGGGGCCCUGGGCAGAAAGCCGAGGCCCCACUGCAUGAGCAGCUUAGCUUUGUUGGGGUCCCGGGCAAUUGCCUGGCUCGCUACCCCUUAAUGUCAGUCGUGACUUUUAUAUGCAGAAAACCAGUUGUUGUGGCAGAAGUUGGCUGUGGAGUUACUGUAGCCUGUUGGGGGUGAGAGGCGGAAAGGAGGCAGUUGAGAGCCUUGCUGUAGAAUCCAGGAAUCUGGUCACAGUGUCUGGGUGCCGCUUGCCAUGGAGAACACAAGCCCCUUGGUAUCAUACACAAAUAGAUUAGCGAGUUCAAUGGCCUAAAGCGGUUGUUCUCAACCUCCGCCAGGUAGCCCUAAACUUGCAGGGGGCACCUGCACCCCCCACACGUCUCUAGCCCGACGCCCAGCCAGGGAUCAGGACAGAGACGCUGCACCCGGGGGCAGCCUGCGACUGACCAGACACCUCCCCCCUCCCCGUGUGAGGGGCAUGGAGAACGUCAGGGCCGCUCCCCACAAGCCUGCUACCCGCGGGUGGGGCUAAUCAGGGCGGGAGAUGCUGCCUCUCCCUAACUGCGGGGCUCCGAGGAGCGCAUGGGGCCAGGGGCCACUCCCGGGCGGGACGCCGUUUGUCAGACGCGCCCCCGUCCCCACUGCGCAGCCGCGCGGAUUCAAAACAGUUUGUUGCUCACGUCGGCAAAGCCGCUUCCGUUUCCAACGCCACAUUCCGGCCACACCUGCCUGCGCGGAGCCCGGCUCGCCACCCGCCCGUCCGCCGGGACACCCCCCGCAGCGCCCGCCGGCGCCAUGUCCGCGGAGGCCCUGCUCCUGCUGAAGCCCCAAGCCCCAGCAGGUGGACCCUGUGGGUUUGAAACCCUGAGAUCCCCCUCCCCUCUGGCAGAAGCCCCUAUCUCACCACCCCACUGCAAGGCAGCGGUCCUAACCCUCCCCCCGCCCCCAAGUCUGAUUAUGUUUCUGUGAGAGUUGAGGAUGAUGUUGAAGCUGUGAUAAUUGAAAAUUCUGAAAUAGAAGAUACAGAAAAUGGACUGUCCACACAAGGCUGCGUGUCAGUGGAACAAAAUGCUCAAGUAAACAGUGAUGAUCACUACAUGACUCAACUUGCUUAUGGAGGGGAAGGUUUGUCAGUACUGAGUGAGCCAGUGGUGUCACAGAUGAGCCAUUCUACAAGUAUGCAGAGAGAUGGUCAGAACCCAGAAGAAAUGGAGUAUGUUUUUUUGCAUAAAAGACAACGACUUACCCCCUCUCUGGUGAGAAAUAGCAUGAUAAGAUCCAGGGAAACAGAAUAUGAAGAUGGUGGAAGUGUCAUUUAUGAGUAUGAACCAGAUUAUGAAUGUGGAAGUGUGUCUGAAGCGUCCUACACAGGAGAUCAGCAGAAAACCCUUCUGGAAGUCCUCAACUAUUGUCAGGCCAUGUAUGAUGCCAUUCAGAAGUUGGAUAAGAAAUUUGAUCUGCUUCAUCGAAAGGUUUCAGAAAUGCAACACACCCGGAUGAAGCCAUUGCUCCUCAAACCUAGGCCCAUUGGAUUUACAUACAGAAGUUCCAAUCAUUUACCCCAUGGAAAAAUUAGAGUACAGAAACCAAUGGAAAGAGAGUCAAGUCUUCAUAUCUCUCCCCCUGGACAAGGAGGGCCUAGCACAUCAAUGAGGGUUAGGCUACAAAAGAGCCAUCUCCAGGCCAACUCUGCAAUAAAACCUGUUCAACAAACUCUUCAACUUGAAUCGCAACAACCUUUGCUUAGGCAAAGCCCACCCCUACCCACUAUAGUCUCCACUCACUCACUGCAUCCACCAUACACAGUGGCUAACAGGAUCCCUGACCUUCCUCCACAACCAAGUCUUGUAACCACAGUCAUGGAAAGCACUGCCAAUGUAGCAUCUUCAGCGGUGGGUUCCCCAAUGGUGUCGUCGGUGAUGCCAACCCCAUCUGAAACCAGUUUGGGGAGAAACACCAUGAUGAUGAAUUACAGGGCCACACCGGGAAGUGCGAAUAUUAGUAAAGAACUGCCAUCUUCUUCUGUCUCUAUCAAUCCUAGUUUUGAAUAUGUUGGUGACCCAAAGAGAAAUGUAAAGGUUCUUGGAAACUAUUUGAUGAAAGCCCGACAAAAGACCAAACCGAAGUAUGCAGCACGUUACCUAGUCCGUGUCUUGUUCCCCAAGGAAACGUUGCUGUGUAGCAUUAUGGGUGUCAGUGCCCGGGGGCGCAGAACGUUGGAUCCUAACAAGGUUGCUGCGGUUAGAGAAUUUCUUGCAACUCAUUUCCCAAAUUAUGACCUGAGUGAAUAUGGAAGAGACUGGAAAACCUGCAUCACAAACGUCAAUGCCAUGAUCCGCUGCUUACGCUGUGAAACCAAAAUAAACCCAGAGACUACUGAAGGGAAGGAGAAACCUGCUGACACUCCAGACACAUCUAUUUGUGUGGAUUUAAACUAUAAUGGGGAAGAUAGUGAUGUCAAUUCUCAAUCCUCUCAGAAAAUGACCAGUUCAACAACAAACAGACUUCAGAGUACCACAUGGGAUAAAGUCCCCGAGAUGUUCCAUGCACCUUCAUCCAAUAAACUACAGUCUUUGGAACCAAUGGAACAUCUUGGGAGUCCAUGGCGCAAUGUUCAGUUACCCUUCUCAGUUAUUUAUGUAGCCAAGGGGAAGUCUCGGCCAGAGUUGUCAGCUCGCUAUCUGAUUCGCCAUCUCUUCACAGAAGAUGUAUUGGUGAAGAGCAAUGUGUAUGGUAAUCUGGAACGUGGCAUGUGUCCACUGGACUGCAACAGGAUCAAUGCUCUCAGAGACUUUCUUCAAGAGAACUACCCAUCCUUUGAUCUAAAGGAAACUGGAUAUGAUUGGAAAGCAUGUGUGGCUGCCAUAAACAGUACAAUCCGCAGUCUUAGACAUGACCAUAAGAAGGCUGCAAUUGGAGUCCGAAAGAAAGUUUUGGCCACACCGCCAUCAAGUGAAAAGAGUCCUCCGCAAAGCCCUACUUCAGUAAAGCCGUAUGAAAGUGACACUAUCAACCUUACAGACUAAAAUGCUACAUGUCUUACAACCAUCUGACAUCUAGCUGCAGUCAUGCUGAGGUUGUUCAAAAUACUAUACAGAAGCCAAUCUUGUCGGGUUGUCCCCAGCACUAUAUAAUAUACUCCACGAGGCCAAAAUGGCGGAAGACCUGGGGUCCCUCCCUUCUUGAGCAACUGGCACUCAUUCCCAUCAUAGAGAUGCCUUACUCCAUUCAUAGUUGGUUGCAUGAUGAGCACUUCACUGAAAGUAGGUGCUUGUCAGACAAGUAUUGGCCCCAGAAGAGAUAAUUUUGCCUUAAGGAAGUACGCUGCACAGAACAGGAAAGAGAAAAUGAUUGUCCCCCUGAACAAAAGAAUAAGGAUUUAAAAGCCUAUCUGGGUCAAGCUUGUUAUGUUUGGGGAAGGAAACUUAUUCUAACAGCUGGAUAAUAUAAUUGAAAAAACUUAUAACAUAGAAAGGAGAGUGUGAUUGGUAUUGCACCAUUUUGAGUUGUCAGACAUCUCGUUUUUUUCUCCCAUCCUACAGCAGAGAUUUUUUUGUAGGAUAAGGGAAGAUGAGGGCAACUACAACAAAUACAAUUGCUGGUAAGUAAUAUUUUUCCUCUUCCCGAUGGUUGGCUCUUGUCUGGAAUGAAUAUUAAAAAAGAAUAUUUUUGUAUAUAUAUAUUCUGGUUCUCUUUUACUCAGUGUAAAGUACAAAAUAUAUCCUUUUGAAAGGAUAAUCAAGGACUAGCAUACCAACAUAACCCAUUGUUCUGUGUUUGUUACAUGUCCCCCUCUGUGUCUAAUCCAUCGAGGAUAGGAAUCUGUUUGAGCUUCCCACUAGAGAACUUGGGUCCUUGGUCCACCAAUGAAGACAAUGGAAGGCUUUCCAUUGGCUUCACUGGGCAUGGCAUCAAGCCAUCAGUCCUUUAGCUCAAGCCAAAGAGACUCAAGCUUUAGCUCUGUAUAUCCUGGCUCAUGAUUAAGAUGACAAUUGUUACACCUAUCCAGACUCACCUAUAAUAGUCACAACUUUUAGGUUUCUGGGCAGUUUGUGUGAACUAUCAAGAAUAUUUGCUCUGUUUUUUGUAGGUUGUUAGUAGUUAGAAGCAUUUGACAUCCCAACCUUACAAAGUCAUACCCUGAAAGGUGAAAAUGCAGACUCUCUUUUCAGACAUUGUUUGUCUCCAAGUUAGUCAGGAUUGCUGGAACUUUGUCCCUCAAAAAUAGUUACAUGUGUUCCUUUUUUCCUCCCUCCUCUAUAAGAUUUUAUACAUAAUAUGUUAAUAAAGCAUCUUAUUUUGGAAAUUACUUGACUGUUAUAGUCAUAAUAAAUAUGUGAAUAGAAAAUAACUUUCCUUCCAUUUUUUACAUGACUGUAUAUACAUUUAGGCUUAAAUGAAUCAUUUGAAUGGAUUUAUUUUCAUUAUCGACUUUAUGCCAUUAUUGUUUAAUCCUCAAAUUAACAUUUGAAGUAGUUUGUUGGUCAUAAACAAGAACAACUCUCUCAUUAUUCUUCGUUAGGAUCCUCCUUGCAAAAUACCAACAGUUUUAGAAUCUAGUCUCUAGGUAUUUCCAGUUACAAAAAUCAGAAAAAUACCAAAAAUGCUUAGAUUUUUUUUUCCGGUAUUUGUAGAGAAUUUUUCCACUGUCAUCCACAGAUGUAAAUGUCAGAAUGGCAUAUUUAUAGGCUUAGCUAACUAGCACUGAAUUCUGUCGAUGUGAUGUGUACCUCUAUCUUCCAUUUUGAAGAGACCCAAAUAACUGAACAAAAAAUAGUAAUAGUUUCCUCAUAAUUGUACCAAUUUUUGCUAACUUUUGUAAAAUGUAUUUUGCCCUUAGGAAAGAAUAUUUUACAAAUAAAACUAAAAUAUAUUUGCUCCUUUA